AUGCUUAUUAACGCUCUGACACCAUUUGAAAUGAACAAUCAAACAGACGUGACGGAAUUCAUCUUCUUGGGAUUUUCCAACCACCCCAAACUACAGGGUUUGUUUUUCCUGGUUUUCUUGAUCGUUUACCUGACAACAGUUGCAGGGAACAUGCUCAUAAUAACAGCCACUAGAAUCAGUCUUGCUCUCCACACUCCAAUGUAUUAUUUCCUCAGCAACCUGAGUUUCUUAGACAUCUGCUAUACAUCCACCACCAUUCCAGUCAUGCUGGUGAACUUCUUCCGGGAGAAGAAGACCAUUUCAUAUGAGGGCUGCCUUUCCCAGAUUUUCUUCCUCGUGACAUGUGCUGGCACUGAGGGUGUCUUAUUGGCUGCUAUGGCAUAUGACCGCUAUGUAGCCAUUUGCCACCCUCUUCAAUAUCCAGUCCUCAUGAGUGUGAAGGUCUGUGUUUUUUUGGUGACUGGGUCCUGGCUGUGUGGGCUGGUGAAUUCUGUGACACACACAGUACUGGCAGCCACACUCACACUCUGUGGACCCAACCAAAUCAGCCACUUUCUCUGUGACAUUCCACUGCUCCUGAAGCUCUCCUGCUCAGACACCUCUCUGAAUGAAUCUGUGCUCCAUGUGGCCAGUGCCACCAUUGGCCUGAGUCCCUGCCUGUUUACUGGAGUGUCCUACAUAUUCAUCAUCUCUGCCAUUCUUAGGAUUCCCUCUGCUCAGGGUAGGAGCAAGGCCUUCUCUACCUGUGCAUCCCACCUUACCGUGGUUGUGGUCUUCUUUGGAGCGGCCAAUUUCAAUUAUGACAGAACCAACAUAGGCUACAACCUGGACAUGGAUAUCCUUAUUUCUGUGUUCUUCUGUGUUAUAACCCCUAUGUUGAACCCCAUCAUAUACAGCCUGAGAAACAAAGAGGUCAAGGGUGCCCUGAGGAAGUUAACUAGGGAAUGUGGACUCUCUAAUGAGAUCAACAAUUAG